UUGCCGCGGUAACGACGCCUUGGGCCGGGAGCCGCCGCCGGCCGCGGUGCCUCCAUCCCGCUCCUGUCCCCGCAUCCCGGCCCGGUCCCUGCCGCAGGGCCCGGGCCCUCCCGCCGCCGCCAUGGACAAGUACCAGGUGCUGGGGCUGGUGGGGGAAGGCAGCUACGGCGUGGUGACCAAGUGCAGGAACAAGGACAACGGGCAGAUCGUGGCCGUCAAGAAGUUCCUGGAGAGCGACGACGACGCGGCGGUGAGGAAAAUCGCCCUGAGGGAAAUGAAACUGCUCAAGCAACUCAGGCACGAGAAUCUGGUGAACCUGCUGGAUGUGUGUAAAAGGAAGAAGCGGUGGUACCUGGUGUUUGAAUUUGUGGAUCACACGAUUCUUGACGACCUGGAGGAGUCUCCCAGCGGACUGGACUUCGAAACAGUUCGGAAAUACUUGUUUCAGAUUAUGAGAGCAAUUGCCUUUUGUCACAGCCAUAAUAUAAUCCAUCGGGAUAUUAAGCCAGAAAACAUACUGGUUUCCCAGUCAGGAGUGGUGAAACUCUGCGACUUCGGAUUUGCCCGGCCCUUGGCAUCUCCUGGGGAGGUUUACACGGACUACGUGGCGACCCGCUGGUACAGAGCCCCGGAGCUGCUGGUGGGGGACAGCAAAUAUGGCAGGCCUGUGGACGUGUGGGCUAUUGGCUCCCUGAUAACAGAAAUGCUUACAGGAGAGGCACUUUUCCCUGGAGACUCAGACAUUGACCAGCUCUUCCAUAUCACCAGGUGCCUGGGUAACUUAAUUCCAAGACAACAGGAGUUAUUCUAUAAAAACCCCCUCUUUGCUGGCAUGAAGUUGCCUGAGGUGAGUGAGCUCGAAUCCCUGGAGAUACGCUAUCCCAAGCUGCCUCCUGCCGCACUGGACUUAGCCAAGGAGUGCUUGCAGAUUGACCCAGACAAGAGACCAUCCUGCGCCCAACUCCUGCAGGGCGAUUUCUUCAACAAGGACGGCUUUGCUGAAAGAUUUACUCAGGAGCUUAAAGAAAAUAUCCAGAAAGAUGUCAGAAACUAUCAGUUCCAAAAAAAACCUAAAAUCAUUAAAAGGGACAAGUACGAUGUUUUAGAAGAAAGAAAAAUGAUCAGCGUCCAGGAUUUCAGCAUGGGCCCAAGGAGAAAAGAGGGAAAGCUGAUAAAGACCAAGCCCUUUAAACCUGAUGCAGAGAAAGCAGAUCAAUCCUCCAAGCUGGGCUUCUACGACAGUGCAAUCAAACCGUUUAAAUUCAGCCCUCAGACCAACCUGAAAGAUUCCAGCAGCAGCUUGGACUGCGCCAAGAACCUGGGCACAUUUAUUCCUCCCAUCAACCAGAACUUCUCUCCUACAUUUGGGAUAGGUUCUGGGCCUGGGAGCCUUGGUUACAGACUUGGUGAAAAGAGUAAAAAAUACAUGAACCCCUUGCUAAAGGCACACAAGCCUUCUCCAGUGGGCCGUUGCAGUGUCAUCCUGACACCGGCAAGUAAGAAAAAAUGGGAAUUCUCCAAGACAGAUAUGCGUUUGCCAGAACUAAAUCAUCUCCCUGAGCUGAGAGGAGCGGAAGCUCGGCAUCCCAGAUUUGUGAAAAAGGAAAACAGAAUGUUUGCAGAGUCCCGAGUCCCCUCCCUUGCUGCUAUCGACCUUCAUAACUCAAGUCUGGCUUCACAGCAGCUGCCAGGGACCUUGAUGCCAGAUGCAUCAGAAGCAAACUUCCCCAGGGUCGAGCACUAGCCCUGGGGAGAUGGUUCACACCUGCCUGUAAAAGGUGACUGAACAGUGGGAACAAUCCAUCUGAGUUUCCAGGGGCUAAAGCUGCCAGGUCUCUGCAGGGGAGAGGAGGAUCCCUUACUCCUGUUGGUGCAGCAGGCUGCCACGGAAGUGGCUCAGGUCCAGGCUGAGGACGGAGCUUGCACUGCCGUUAUUGCUGCUGGAUUGCUUGCACGCAAAAAGCCCCUGGAAUGUUGAUCUUCUGGCUUAGAGCCAGGUCUUGUCUGAGAAGAGUAGUGGUCACUGGUGUGUGACAAGGGCAGGAGCUGCUUUGGAGGACUCCUGAAGGAAGCUGGGCUUUCUUUUGUCCAGCUGCUGCCCGCCUGAGGGGUUUAUUUUUCAACGAAUAGCUGCCAAAAUUCUUAUGUUUUGGUGGGCUGCCCAAUCUGGGUUGGUAAGCACCUUUGCCUUGACAGUGAAGAAAAGCAUUUGUGCAAGAAAUACAAUAUCUAAAUGUGCAAAUCUGCAGCUGUUCCUUUGAAACCCUUGCUAAUGCACUUGUCACUUUGUUUUAGGUUCCUUUUCCCUUCAUGUUUGGGCAGUUGUCUUUGGGGUGUUUACCUGGGAAUGUUGUCUGGCUGUUGUUGAUGGUGAAGGAAGGAAUAUCCCUGUGGAAUACUGAGCUGUGAUGCAGGUGACACGUGGAAUGUCUCAGUAACUUGAGUCAUCAUUGCCUUAGGUCCCUUAGGAGAAUAGGACAGUAAAACUCAACCCUUUUGAAACCAUUUUGGCUUAUUUGCCCUUAGUUUAUCUGUGGUCAGUUUUGGGCUGUCCCUGUGUUGCUCACAGCUGUUUUCCAUCACCUGUCACAACUCACAUGGUGUCAUUAACUUUGGAACUUAUUUUUCCACAAAAUACAGCCUUUCCCGUCGAUGGAUCAUGACAGAAUAUGGUCUGAACUCAUUGUAUUUAGGGAUUUGCCUCUAUGCUGUGUCCUGACGUGUACAUUUCACUUGUAAAUAAAAAGAUCUUCCAAUUCCA